AUGGCCCUCGCAACGCAGACUGUCCAGAUCCCACCAAUCCUUGCACCUGCUAGCGUCCAGUUGCUCCGCCGCUGGCCGUCUCAUUGUAGUUUCCCAGUCGGCUUGCUUGCUCGUGGCCUGACAAAGAGCGACGCAUCAAACAAGACCGCUCGUCACGUUGGACCGCUGUUUUGGGGCACCGCCGUCGCCUCGGCAGUAUGGUGGUUGAGUAGAUCUGGUAAGAAGCAGAUAGUCCACGUACCUCAUCCAGACAAGGUGCACCCUCGCCCAGAAGAUGCCGUUCCGGAGCUACCAGAAAGCUUGGACGACCCCGCAGUAUUACCGCAAAUUCUGUCCCAGGCUCUUGGCAAUUCGUCCCCUUUCAUUGCGCAGUUCGCUGGCCGGGCUGCUAUAGUACCCUAUGGCACACCAGCCGACGACAAGGUUGCUAUAGUACCCCAUGGCACGCCAGACACUCCUCCCUCCUUCAAACUGACGCUUGAAGACUUUCCUGCAGCCUGCCGGGGAACCUCGGUUACCAAAGUGCUCAGUGACAGCGCAUGCAGGCAUGCCUUUGAGGAAGACAUUGCCAAGCAUCUUGCAAAAGCUCAUGGAGUUCACUCGAGUCGCAUCAAAAUCAACAGUAUUGAGAAAGGCAGCGUGGUCGUGAACUACUCAAUAUUUGGUGCAGCAGCAGCUGAGAUGCGUGGUUGGAUCGAUGGCUGUGAAAGGAUUGCGAAGAGCCUCAUGGAGACUUUGGAACAUGUGGCGGUGAAUCUUGUCGUGGUGCUGCCAUCACUAGGCUUCGACAUCCGCAACUUUGACUCGGCCGGGGACAAGAAAAAUUUCGAGGGCCAGGACUUCAACACAGAAGGGGAGAUCUACCAUGAGCCAAAGCCCGGUAAAGGGUGGAAGCGGGUCGGUGUCUGUGUUCUGGGCAAAUACGACAGCGAUACGUGGCUGGCGCCUUUCGGCCAUGAAGGCGAUGCAAGUUAUGGGGAUGGUGUUUACGUUUCGCCGUACAUCGACACUGCUGAGGGCUAUGCUCGGCCUGCUUCUGUCAAGCUCCUUGGAGGCUUAGAUGUACGGACCGGCACGUUCCAAGAGCGCCACGGGUCGCUGUCGCUCGGUGCAGUAGCCUACCUGGGAACUCCGGUCCCUGCACUGCAAAUUUAUUGGUUUGGAAAGACGUUGAAGAAAGAUCUGCAGCGCUUCAUCCUGCAGCACAAGGCGGAGCAGGACAACAUGUUCGAUGAGACGGCCGACGAGGACGCCAUCCGCAAGGCGGCCACGGGGCAGGCUAACGCCAUCAGCCAGACUGGCGCCUCUGCCGAUGACUGGGACGACUCGGAGGGGUACUACAAGGCCAAGAUCGGAGAAGUCAUGAUGGAGCGGUAUGAAGUCACCGAGGACUUGGGGCAGCUAGGGUUCCAGCACUCGAAGGCUGACUUCGCCUUCGAUGUUUCGAAGCUUCUUUGUGUCGUGUUUAAGGUGGUCCUUGGCACGCACAUCCUCGUCGACCUUCUCAUGCCGUCGGGUCAUUCCCCAAAGGCUACUGGCCUUGCCUGGCUAUUGCUGCCUGUGGUCGCCGCCUGGGUUUGUUCCUCAAGGUCCGCCUUCACCACGAAAGUGUCCAGAACGCAACUCCAGCAGAAGCGGGAGGCAGAAGGUUUGCAGAGGCAUUUGUCUACUGGGGUUGCUGAAGAGUCCCCCCUCUCAGGCCCGGAGAAAAAGGCUUGCGAUGCGAUUCGAUCUGCCAGGGCCCACAGGGAUUGGUAUGCAGUGAAGCGGGCCUUCGACUCAUCUGGGAAGCAAGCUGCUCCAGUCUUUAAUGCAGCCAUGGCAGCUGCCCUCCAACUUGGCCGAUUCGAGAAGGGCUUGGGCAUAUAUCGGGAGCUGGGGGAUCUUGGCCUGCAAAAAACUUUGAGGAGCUACUGCUGUGCGAUUCGCUUGCAUGCACAGCUGCAGAAGAAGAAGGAGACGUUUGAGAUUUGGGAUGAGGCUCGUGCAAGCAAGUUGUGGAACCACGCGGAGAGUGCUUGCUCUGUCAUGUGUGCAGCCCUACAGGCAGCCGCGCAAUUUGGUGAUCAUGUCUUCGCCCGGCAGCUGCUUGUCAUGAUGCGCAAGAGAGGUAAAGUCCUGAAUGUUGUAGACUGGAACCAAGCUUUGGACGCGUGUAAACAUGCGCUGCAUGCCACAGCCUCAAAGGAACUACUGUCAGAGAUGCUCGAAACAGGCAUGAAACCCGAUGUAAUCACCUUCGCUCUGGCUGUGGGGGCGCACAGCGGAGAGUCUCUGGAUUCGAUAUACGACGUCGCCAGCGGAAUGAAUGCCUAUGAGAUAGAGCCGGAUGUGGUGUUUUUGGAAGAACUGGUGUCAGCGAUCCUCGAUGCCCCACGUCAUGAGGGUACCAAACGAAUCACACAUGUUGAGCAGUGUCAGGCCAUCGCGGCAGAGGCACCUGGUCGUCACCUACUCGCUGCGCAGCGAGUUAUUGACCAUGCUGAGGGUGAGGGCUUUGAGCUAAGCAAGCUGUUGAGGCUGUGGAAAGCCGCCAUGUUGAGGUUCGGCAAGGAUUUCGUCGGAAAGGGUGUCUUUUCCAACGUCUGCAAAGCCAAGGACAAGACGGAUGGAAGUAUGGUGGCCAUCAAAGUCAUGCGCUGCAACGACAUGAUGAAGAAGGCCGCGGAGAAGGAGGUGGAGAUCCUGGAGCGCCUGAACAAGGCGGACAAGCAGAACAAGAGGCAUGUGAUCCGUCUCCACCGCCACUUCCUUUACCGUGGGCACCUUUGUCUGGUCUUCGAGUGCAUGUGGGACAACCUACGUGUGGCGCUGAAGAAGUAUACCAAAGACAAGGGAAUGUCACUUCAGGCGGUGCGGGCGUGCGCCGGGCCAGCACAACCGUCAACCAGAGAUCCCAACGACUGA